AAAGUGUGGCUAGGGUUCACACUCGAGCGCACGCACGCACACACACACACACACUCACACGUGCGCAUGCGCAGUCUCCGCCUGCAGCUCGGUCCGUGGCGGCUGCUGCUGCUGCUGUUUCUGUCCGCCGCACCGAGAAUCUCCGUGUUUUUCCGCUGCGUUCUCACCCGUCGCCGUUUAUGCGUCCGAACCCGAGCGCCGGGCCCGUGCUGCUCGGUCCGUACUCCCGGUAAAAGGCUCUUCUGACCUCGGCUCCGGGCGUUAUGCGCUCAAAUGAGGCCUACAUGCUGAAGCUGUCCUCCUCUUCCUCUUCCUCCUCCUCCUCCCAUGCAUGAAUCUCACCGUGAUGGCUGAUGAUCAACAACAACAGCCCGGUGCUCCCGGAGCGUCCCUGCAGAGCCCCGAGGCGACGGCGCUGCAGUACAACAAGAUCAAGAAUUCAGUUUGCAAAUCUGUACAAUCAAAAGUGGAGAGUAUAUUGCAAGAUGUUGAGAAGUUUACAGAUAUUGAAAAGCUCUACCUCUACCUUAAGUUGCCUUCUGGUCCCAGUAGUGGCAAUGAAAAAAGAACUGAAAAUCAGAGGGGCUCUGGAAGUCCUGCGAUAUGUGACCAGAACUCCAUGACGUCGAGCCGAACUCAACAGAUGUACGCAUUCAACUGGAUCCGAAAUCACUUGGAAGAGCACCCGGAAACCUCACUGCCAAAACAAGAGGUGUACGAUGAAUACAAGAGUUAUUGCGACAAUCUGGGCUACCAUCCUUUAAGCGCAGCUGAUUUCGGAAAGAUCAUGAAAAACGUUUUUCCGAACAUGAAGGCACGCCGUUUGGGCAUGAGGGGGAAAUCAAAGUACUGCUACAGCGGGCUGAGAAAAAAAGCAUUUGUGCACAUGCCGUCACUCCCUAACCUGGACUUGCACAAAUCAGGAGAUGGGUGUGAGUUGUUGGAGUCGACUGGACAGUCUCCCAGUGCUGAGGAUGAGAUGCGUUCGGCAGCUUGCGGUCUGGUCUGCGAAUGGGCUCAGAAGGUUUUGAGUCGCCAGUUUGACAGUGUGGAGGAACUGGCACGCUUUCUUCUCAACAGUCAUUAUAUAGGCACUAAGUCCAUGGCAGCUCUGACUGUUAUGACUGGAACCCCAACAGGUAUGAAAACCCCUACGCCUGCCUCUGCCUUUGUGCCAACUGGUGAAGCCAACUCAUUCCAGCCCCAAGUGAAGACCCUCCCUUCGCCUUGUGUAGACGCCAAACAGCAGCUGCAGCGGAAGAUCCAGAAGAAACAGCAGGAGCAGAAGCUCACCUCUCCUUUGCCCACUGAUGCCCAGGCCAGAAGGGCAGAGGCGGGCACACCUGGCCCUGGAUCCAGCCUGACCUCUGGAAGUCCUGCACUACUAUCCCCUCAACAAACCAUAGGCAUUGUGGUUACUGCUGUUCCAAGUCCUAUUACAGUUCAGAGAAACAGGCAACUAAUGACCUCUCCAAGUCCUGUUGGGGCAGCAGAGGGAAAAGUUGUACCUGUUAACUUCCAGGUUGUGACACAACCUAUUAAGCAGUCUCCAAAAACACCCCAAAAUAUCCCUGCCAGCCCAGUCGGUGACAGGUUGGCUAGACACCGAUAUGCUCAGAUUUUACCUAAACCAUCGGCCACAAGCGCCAUUGCCCUUCGCUCAACCCCAACGCUCCUCAUCACCAACAGUCCCAUCAAGACGGUGAUGCCCACAUCCCACGUUAGCUCUGUAAAUGUGGUCAAGAUGACUGCAAUUUCAUUAGCUCCUAACAGUAGCAGUAGUAGUAGUACUCCUACCCCGUUGCGACCUGCUUCAGUGGGUGUCAGUAGCACAGCUUCCCUGGAAGAAUCUAGCCAAACCCAUCAAGGUCAGAAUGGGGCAUCUGUCAUGUCUCUUCAGUCAUCUGGGAAAGCUGGACGUCCCUUCACGACCCUAACCCCAUCAGCGUCCACUUUUACUAAUGAAAUAAAAGUGACAUUUGAAGCUGUGAAUGACAGUAACUCAGCUACUGCUGUUGAUAAACAAAACACUGUAUCAGGGGCAAGUACAGGACUAAAGAAUGAAAGAGCCACUAAAUUCAGGGCUUCCAGUGAACCCUCUCUUUUUAUUAAGGCGUCUCCUAUGCCUGAGAGAGUGGCAAGGGCCAAGAGUGACUCUACAACCCCUUCAAGUACAAUCAUGGGGGCUCUUGCCCCGAGCAGCAAUAACAACAACGAUCAACCAGAAAGUACUUUGUAUUUAACUGUUACUAGCCAGAAUUUAGACGCCGAAUUGUCAUCCAUUUGUGCGGUGGCAACUGCAAGCACUUCUUCUAAAGAUGCUGGCCUCGGUCCAAAAAGCCUUCGAAAACGCUCUGCAUCUGUUUUGGAAACCCAUACAAUCCCAGUUAAAAGAGUAUUCAUUUCCCAGCAACCUUUGGAUGUUAGCAGCAAUACCAAGCCUGGUAUUGUAAUAGCAGCUAAGACGAUUCAGAGACCUGGCACCCCAGCAAGACCAGAGAGCGCUCCAUGCAAAGUUACACUAAAACAGAGUAGCUCUCUUCCGACUCAAAUCUUGGCUCUUUCUGACACCCGCAUUGGAGCCCUGGGCACCUCUCAGACUGUUAAUCCUCAGAGCUCUUCACAAAUCGAGAAUGAAGUUGCUGAUAUUAGCCCGAAUGAAACUGCUUCUGGUAAUAGCACAGCUUUACUGCAACAAAUUCCAAGACACCAACAAAUCAGCAGUGACGUUUUUCAGGAGGUAUCUGCUGUAAGGGAGCUCAAGAGUUCGCUGCAAGACUACUCGCAACAGAUGCAAACAGAACACAAGCAGAUUGCAACUAAUCCGUUACCAUUGAUGGCCCAGGCAACUGAGACCACCAGUCAGCUCACUCUUCAGCAGGACAUUGUUGAUUUUGCAGGAGCCCAAGCAAGCAUGGACUAUUUCCCCUUCAAUGAUGAUGAUAUGACCCAGGACAGUAUUGUAGAAGAGCUUGUACAGAUGGAGGAACAGAUGAAGCUGAAUAGCUGCUUGCAAUCCUACCUGAGUUGUGUUGAUAUAUCCCUACAAGGUCAAGCCACAGUUGGCCAAGGAACAAUCCUGUCACCCCAUCAGACAAGUACACAGUUCUAUCAUUCUUCCCAUAGUAGCGCCACUCCAAUCCACACGCCAACUCCGACGCCCACACCGACACCAACACCUACUCCAACUCCUACCUCCGAGAUGCUACCAGGGGGGCUUAGCUUGACCAGAGAAAGCCCUUGUUCUCGAAUGGCACCUGUUACCCCAGUGGAUAGCAUCUUAGGUGGGCGCCAUACACCCAUCAGCACUCCACUGUCAAACUGCAGCAGCAGUGUUCCUCCAAGUCCCAUUGAAUGCCGCAAUCCCUUUGCGUUCACUCCUAUAAACUCCAGUAUAACUGGAUAUCACGAUGGUAGCGUUGUGUCCAGCAGUCCAGUGAAACCCAUGCAAAGGCCAAUGGCCACCCACCCAGAUAAAGCCAAGCUGGAGUGGAUCAACAACAGGUACAACAGCACCGCAGGAUCUCCCGUUAUCUCCACCAACUCCACCAUUGGUUUCCUGCCCAGUUACCAGGAUCUGGUCGAGGACCACUUCCGUAAACCACACGCUUUUGCCAUCCCAGGUCAAUCUUUCCAGUCUCAGUCAAGGCAUCAGGAUGUAAACUUGGGAAGUUUGACAACCGUUUCCCCAGUGCAACAAGGACAGCAAACCACCCUUAGUAGCAAGCAAGAAAGUUUUGCCGUCCCAGCUCCGUUGGACAACAAAGGGGCAGGAAACGCAUCUGGAGGAGGAACCUUCAGGUGUCGCAGCGUUAGCCCGGCAGUUCGCCAGCGUAACCUUAGUGGCACCACUGCACAAACAGUCAUCACCCCACGGUCUGUUGUUUCUCCCUUUAAUUGCCCCCUGACAUCUGAGGUCCUGAACAUUUUGUCCAACAACCAGUCUGUUGUCAGUGCCAGCAGCUUGGCCCAGAGGAGCCAGUCAGUUCCACUAAACAUCAUGAUGCAGUCUGAGCUGCUGCCCAUCAGUCACCAGGUGCAGCAAAGCAAUAGUGCUAAGAUCACCACUGUGCUCCUUAGCAAGAUGGACACAGAUGGAGAUGAUGCAGUGCGAGGGCUAGGUGUAAAUAACCUGCCCGCCAAUUACACAGCACGGAUGAACUUAACCCAAAUCCUGGAGACAACACAGGGCUUCUCCAGAGGCCCCAACUCUCAGAACCAGCAGCUGCCUCUGGACUCAAGCCCUUCGCCCUUUGACUUCCAGAAGACGGGUUACCUCAUAAGCACGGGGGAGGAGCAAGUCACCUUCUCCUGUGGUGACAGUCAAGCACAAUCAGGCUCUGGACUGCAACAGCCGGAAGAGCAGCUUCAGCUCCAAGAACCACAGUUGGAGCUGCAAAACCACCAACUACAGCUCCAGAAUCAACAACUGCAACUUCCAGCUCAGCAAUUACAACUCCAAGACCAACAGCUCCAACUUCAAGACCCACAGUUGCAACUCCAGGACCAACAGUUGCAGUUGCCGGACCAACAACCAUUACAGGAUGACCCAGAUCUCAGCCAGCAGCACUUGUUGCCCCAAACCUCGCAGCAAGUUGUGAAUCAGGAGCAGCAAGAGCAGCUGGACUUCAACACUACCGUCAAGGAUCUCUUAGGGGAGGACAGCCUCAAUCCCAGUUCGCAACUCGUCGGACAAGUGGCGUCAGAACUCAGUGCUGUCGCCUCUGAGUUUUCCAGCGAUAUGCGGUUGACUUCUGACCUUUCGAGUAGCAUUACCGACCUGAACACUUUGGACCCCAACUUGCUGUUUGACCCCAGUCAGCAGCAGGACCAAUAUGAAGACGCCACACUGGAAGAACUGAAGAACGAUCCUCUGUUUCAGCAGAUUUGCAGCGAUACUGUGAAUUCUGCUGGUUUCGAUUGGCUGGAGAAUAAAGACCAGCCAACCGUGGAAAUGUUGGGAUAAUAUUAUUUCCUGUUCCUUUAUUGUUGAUGUUGCUGUUGUCGUCGUUGUUUAUAUUUGUGGUUUCUGUUCCGCGUUUUGUUUUUUGUAUUGCACCGUUUUGUGUAUCCUUUACGUACAAAAGUAUUGAAUGACGUGUCUGUGCAGCAAAAAUCUGGACGCAUUGGACUGUCCAGUUUAAAGUGCCAACCUGAGGUAAAUCUCUUACAGGCAUGUGCUAUAUCUGAAUUUUUUACAGUUGUUUUGUUUGUAUUCUUGUUGUAUGAUUUCAUGGAUCAUUCCAGUCAUUUCUCCCCAUUCAGAAGUCAUUUAUAGUGGACGGUCAGAUAUUUCCUCUGGUUCCAGCUGGUAGUAAAGUACGUUCAGUAUAAUGAGACAUCACCUGGUGCACAAGCAUAUCCCUCUUUUAUAUAUUUCCUUCCUCUAAAACCAUAGUGGAUAUUGAGAACCUGCAUGCAAAAUUUGCUCUUGUAUUUCAACGAAAUGCAAUAUUCCAAGUGACGAAUCGUUGACUUUGGGGAAACACCCUUUCUAGACAGUUGUCUAAGCAUCCAAUAAUGUGGCUUUGUGAGUUUGAUAGGAGACCAAAAGAUUGCAAAAGAGUGCCCCCAAAUACCGUAAGUACAGCAGAGGUGAAAUAACACAUCUACAUAUCGUAAAUCAGUCAGUUCAAUGAACUGCAAAGAUCUUAGGUGCUACUUGGUGCUGACUUAAAGAAUCGCAUUUACUGUACUUUUCAUCAGCCGUCAUUUGUUUUGUCAAAGUUAUUUUACACAUUUUGGGGGAAAAGGGUAUUUAAGGCCAUAAUACUUACGCUGUUAAAUCCAAACUGUUGGGUAAGGAUGAGACUUUUGGUUUGUUUUAUUCCAGAAAAAUGGGAAGAUAAGACUCGUCUGCCUUAUUUCCAGAGUCUAAGGCCUUAUUCCAUCUCAUUAAAGGCUUCUGAAUUCAAGAAUUUCUUAAAAGAACGAACUUGGUGCACUUGUCGUGAAUUAGCAGUUCUCCAUGUUCAGAUGGUUGCUAGCCAUUUCGUAGGCUUUUUAGCACAUCAUUUCAAACUGGUAGUGAUGAUGGUAUGGUGAUGGCUAGAUAUUCUUACCAACUCGAGAUCAACAGGCAAACCUGUGUAGUUUCUCCAGCCUUAACUCCAUACCAAAGAGCAGCUGAGGAAGAACAAGAGAUUGCGAUCCGUUGAGGUUUCCAUCUUCAAUCGCCUGUCAUCUAAAAGGGAUCUUGACCGUUUUAGUUCGCUUUUACAGUAAGUGAAUUCACAUUUGUGUAAAUUAUGUAUAUGGCGGAUGUAUAAAUGGGGAGCAUGUUGUACAAGUUCACAAAGGCUACAUUUCUAGGCUAGUAGUGCGACAUUUGUAAAAAAGGACAUAGUUGUCAUCAUGAGAUUUCCAUUUUAUCAAGAUGCUAAUGGUGAUGAUUUGUAGGUAGAUUCGAGUGCCCUUAAGAAGAAAAAGCUGAUCAUAACGAGUCCAUAGCCAGCACGAUAUUUCGCUUGUUACGUUUCUGGCUUCCUGUGAUGUGCUAGUAAAUAUUGGGUCUGUAGCUUGCUAAUGUACCAUUUUUCUUAGGAGUUUAUUGGUUCCUGCGUACGCAGAUGUGAUGUGUAAAUGAAGAGAGGAUAUAAUAGCAUGGAUUUAUCAAGAAAAAAAGAAAUUAGAUAAGACUUAAAUAUAAAGUUAAUUUAAUCGUGACAUAGCUAAAUGUUGUGUGCAGAGACGAAUCAAAGGAGCAGACACUGGAAAUGGUUUGAAAACGUUUAUCUUAUUGCACUAAAAGUUGCGUUUUUUUUCCCCGUCGACAAACAACAAUUGGUGCCCGCGUUGUUUUUCUUCUAAAGACAAUAAAUAGAGGAAUUACUCACUCAUGCUCGAAAACGACAAUGAAUAAUUGCCUUGUGUAGCAAUGAGCUCUAAUCUCAGUGAGAUCCGCGUUGUACGACUUCUCGUACCUGAGAAGAAAAUACGAGAUUUAAAAACGACGAGUU